AAUCUUCUAUAUUUACAUUUAGAAGUGUGCGGUGCUGUGUUUUACCGAAGAGUCGGUAUUUUAUUCAGGCAGCGGCGCCAGUGAGACCGCGAUGAAGGACCCGGAUGUUGGAGGACCGGCGCGCGCAGCAAUCCGAGGAAUUAAACCGAGAACAUUUAAACUUUACGAUGACUGUGUAUAACCUGUACAUAUUUGACCGUAAUGGAGCCUGUUUACACUACAGCGAGUGGAACCGCAAGAAACAGGCGGGGAUCUCUAAAGAGGAGGAGUUUAAGCUGAUGUAUGGAAUGCUCUUCUCCAUCCGCUCCUUUGUCAGUAAGAUGUCACCACUGGACAUGAAGGACGGGUUCAUGUCCUUUCAGACGAGUCGUUAUAAACUGCAUUAUUAUGAAACUCCGACGGGAAUUAAAGUGGUGCUGAACACAGACCUGGGCGUUCCAAACUGCAGAGACGUCCUGCAUCAGAUCUACAGCACGGUGUAUGUGGAGUGUAUCGUGAAGAACCCUCUGUGUGAGCUGGGAGGAACCCUGCAGAGUGAACUGUUCUCCAGCAGACUAGACUCAUUCAUCAGGGCGCUGCCUUUCUUCAGUGUUCGUGCUGCAUAAACCUGUGUGUGUGUGUGUGUGUGUGAGGGAGAAAGAAAAAAUACUGUUGUGUAAAAGUUAAACAUAUUAGUUGUAAAUAUUAUUGUUUCACCAGAUUUCACUGAGGCGUUUACUGCAUAAUUUAAAUAUUGAUAAUUAAGUAGCAUAUCUAAUGAAUAAUGUCUUUAAACUGUUAAUAGGGUGAAAUGUUGAUUUAUUAGAAAGUAAAAGAAAUAUGUACAGAA